AUGGGAGAUGAGUAUUACACCAUUGGAUCUUUGGUAAUCUGCAUGACAAUCUCUUGGAUCAUGGUUCGUUUAUGGAUCCAGCACAGGACGAAAGGGCCAAAAACAUGGCCUCUCGUCGGAGCAGCUAUCGAGCAGUUAGUGAAUUACGACAGGAUGCACGACUGGCUUGUAGAGUACCUGUCAAAGUCCAAAACUGUGGUGGUUAAAAUGCCCUUCACAACCUAUACAUAUAUUGCUGAUCCCGCCAAUGUAGAACAUGUUCUCAAAACCAAUUUCGCUAAUUACCCAAAGGGAGAAGUAUAUCAUUCGUAUAUGGAGGUUUUACUCGGAGAUGGCAUAUUCAAUGUAGACGGUGAGCUAUGGAGGAAACAGAGGAAGACGGCCAGCUUUGAAUUCGCGUCCAAGAAUUUACGAGAUUUUAGUGCGGUUGUGUUCAAGGAGUACAGCCUUAAGCUAUCUGAAAUUCUAAGUGAAGCAUCUUUCUGCAGUAAAGAAGUAGAUAUGCAGGAAUUGUUCAUGAGGAUGACAUUGGACUCGAUAUGUAAAGUGGGGUUUGGCGUAGAAGUGGGAACAUUGGCUGCCAAUUUACCUGAUAAUCAGUUUGCAAAGGCAUUUGACACUGCAAACAUAGUGGUCACUCUUCGGUUCAUUGAUCCUCUUUGGAAGAUUAAGAAGUUUCUCAAUGUGGGUUCGGAAGCAAUCCUAGACCAGAGCAUCAAGAUUGUUGACGACUUCACCUACAAUGUCAUUCGCAGAAGAAAAGCCGAAAUGAAAGCUGCAGAUAUAGGAGAAAAUGGAGACAAUUAUGAUAAGGGGAAGAAGCAAGACAUAUUAUCGAGAUUUAUGGAGCUCGGAAAGGACUCGUUGGAUGAAGAAAUGACAGACAAAAACCUCAGAGAUAUUGUUCUGAAUUUCGUCAUCGCUGGUCGCGACACAACAGCCACAACUUUGUCUUGGGCGAUAUACAUGAUCAUGACCCACAAACAUGUAGCAGAGAAGUUGUAUUUGGAGCUCAAGUCUUUAGAACAAGAACAGGAACAAGAACAAGAAGUUGAUGAUCAUGACAAGUUCAAUCAAAGAGUGAAGAAAUUCAGCGAGCUUCUAACAUACGAAUCCUUAGGAAAACUGUAUUACUUGCACGCAGUGCUCACCGAGACUCUCAGGCUCUAUCCCGCUGUCCCUCAGGACCCGAAAGGGAUCUUGGAGGAUGAUGUUUUGCCAGACGGGACUGAAGUGAAGGCGGGAGGGAUGGUGACAUACGUUCCUUAUUCAAUGGGAAGGAUGGAGUACAAUUGGGGGGCUGAUGCUGCUUCGUUUAAGCCUGAAAGAUGGUUGAAAGAUGGAAUGUUUCAUAAUGCUUCUCCUUUCAAGUUCACAGCAUUUCAGGCUGGACCGAGAAUAUGUCUUGGGAAGGACUCGGCAUAUUUGCAGAUGAAGAUGGCUUUGGCGAUUCUGUGUAGGUUUUUCGAAUUCGAUUUGGUGCCUGAGCAUCCGGUUAAGUAUAGAAUGAUGACGAUUCUGUCGAUGGCACAUGGGUUGAAAGUCGCGGUUAAUAGUCGUUUCUAAUGUUCGUAGAAGUAAUGAAAUGCGGAUUAGUUUGUCCUAACUUGAACUAUGAUUAUGAAAAGAAUUGGGAUAGGUGAAGAAGAAGUAAUAUCAGUUA